AUGGGAAUAAAAAUGGGUGAGCUGAAAUUUGAGAAAAAUAGAGUUUGUGUAGUAAAAAAUUGUAUAUCAAUUACAUGGAAACUAUCAUAUCCAGAAAUUCCAAAUUUAAUUAUUUUCAAAGAAAAUGAGCUUUGCUCUACAAAUAGUUUACCAGAUUUUGAGAAAAUACAACAAGAUAAAAAGCAGAAUACAAUAUUAGAUACAGA